AACCACAGUAACGUUGCUGUUAUUAAUGUUAGCAGUAGCUCUGCUAGCACUAGUAAUAAUAGGUGUGUAAGUAUUGACAUACUGCUAGUAACUUCAUUACAUGUACUUACUGUGCAUUUACUGUCUUACAGAAAACAAAGAAGGAUCCCUCUUGUCUGCAGAUUUUGCUUGAAGAACCAGGACACCCUCCCUCUACACCUCAGCAGAGUGUGCAUGAAGUUAAAAACAAAACAAGAGAUUGUUCAAGAAGUCGCCGCUGCCCGAGAUUCCAUGAUAGAGCAUCUUUGCAAAGGCAGGAUCUUUGACUACAGUUUACUGAGCUGUAUUGUUAUAAAACAAAGCGCACUCCGAAUCCUGAUCAAGAAGCUUGAAGAAACGGGUCAUAUUGUUAAGAACAAGCCAGAAGUCAAACAAGCACCUGUCCAAGUGGAAGUGGCUCAUGUGUUGGCACCAGCUGAAGAUGCAGAUGCAGAUGCUGAAUCAGACAACAGCACGGAGGAUGACCAGUCUGACCAGGAUGACCAGUCUGACCAGUCUGACCAGUCUGACCAGGAUGACCAGUCUGACCAGGAUGACCAGGAUGACCAGUCUGCCUUGUACCAACCACCAAUGAACCAGUCAUGGGACAACAAACUGAGAAAGGCAAUGCAAAUGAGUGGUUUAUACCAAAAGCACCCUCUGGAUUGUGAUCUGCUGGCUGGAUUUGCCAAAUAUCUCUGCGACGACCACAACAUUCCCAAUUUCAAACAGGAGGUUGCAAAUGUGUCUAGGUUUUUGUUUUACAUGGACUCCACCAAACCUUCCCUGGAUUUUGUCAAUCAAUUGGAGAAAAGCAGGUCCUUUUUUACCAAGCUUGCAAACAUUGGACAGAAGAAGCAAACAAUUGCAAACUACAUGAAGAAUCUGAAGAGGUUUCUUCGCUACAUCACGACGUCAACAAACGUCAUCCAGACAGACAGGGGCUUGUAUGAGCAAUGCAAGCAUUUCCAAGACUGCCUGAAUGACUUACAGAAGUCCAUGAGCAAGCAGGUGUCUCAGGAAAUUACCAGGAAAAGGUAUAUAUAUAUUUAA